AUGCUACAACAAUAUCUGCUAACGGGACCUUAUGUCCAAGCUAUCAAUGAAAAUGUCUACCCAGCUUACUUUGAUAAAGUCUACCCAGCUUACUUUGAUAAAGUCUACCCAGCUUACUUUGAUAAAGUCUACCCAGCUUACUUUGAUAAAAUCUACCCAGCUUACUUUGAUAAAGUCUACCCAGCUUACUUUGAUAAAGUCUACCCAGCUUACUUUGAUAAAGUCUACCCAGCUUACUUUGAUAAAGUCUACCCAGCUUACUUUGAUAAAGUCUACCUAGCUUACUUUGAUAAAAUCUACCCAGCUUACUUUGAUAAAAUCUACCCAGCUUACUUUGAUAAAGUCUACCCAGCUUACUUUGAUAAAGUCUACCCAGCUUACUUUGAUAAAGUCUACCCAGCUUACUUUGAUAAAGUCUACCCAGCUUACUUUGAUAAAGUCUACCCAGCUUACUUUGAUAAAGUCUACCCAGCUUACUUUGAUAAAAUCUACCCAGCUUACUUUGAUAAAGUCUACCCAGCUUACUUUGAUAAAGUCUACCCAGCUUACUUUGAUAAAAUCUACCCAGCUUACUUUGAUAAAAUCUACCCAGCUUACUUUGAUAAAGUCUACCCAGCUUACUUUGAUAAAGUCUACCCAGCUUACUUUGAUAAAGUCUACCCAGCUUACUUUGAUUAA